CAUGCAUGUCACUGCUUGUCUCUCAUAGAUGUGUUGUUUACUGGUACUGCUGAUGGAAAAAUUCUGAGGAUUGAAAAUGGGAAAAUUUCCACUUUAGCACGUCUUGGCCAUGGUCCUUGUGGUACAAGAGAAGAUGAGCCUACAUGUGGGAGACCACUAGGAAUCCGUGUUGGACCAAACAGUACUCUUUUUGUUAUAGAUGCCUAUUAUGGACUGUUUGAAAUAAAUCCUAUCUCAGGUGCAGUCAGGCCAAUUGUGAAUUCAAAGAUUCCUAUUGAAGGGAAGAACAUGUCCUUUUUGAACGAUCUUACAAUGACUCGGGAUGGAAGGAAAAUCUAUUUUACAGAUUCUAGUAGUAAAUGGCAGAGAAAAGAUUAUUCCUUAUUAAUCAUGGAGGCUUCAGAUGAUGGACGUUUACUUGAAUAUGACACAGUCACAAAGGAAGUCAAAGUUUUAAUGGAAGGACUCCGAUUUCCAAAUGGAGUUCAGCUGUCUCCUGCUGAAGACUUUGUGUUGGUGGCUGAAACAACUAUGGCAAGAAUACGAAGGUAUUAUGUAUCUGGUCUAAUGAAAGGUGGAGAGGACCUGUUUGUCGAAAACAUGCCUGGUUUUCCAGACAACAUCCGUUUAAGUAGCUCUGGAGGUUAUUGGGUAGCUAUGUCAGCUAUUCGAGCAAAUCCUGGAUUUUCUAUGGUGGAUUUCUUAUCUGAAAAACCAUGGAUUAGAAGAAUCAUAUUUAAG